AUGGCUUUACUGAGCAGUAAUAAGUGGUAUAAAGGAUACUUGCAAAAGGUUGCCAAUGGCAGCCUUGAACUUCCUGCGUACGACCUGAACCCAGACGGAACCAUCAAGAUCUACUACGGCGAAGUCUUUUGUCGGGUGGAGGAUUGUUCCCGUGCCCAGGCGAGAUUUUCUUAG